AAUUUGAACUGGGACAGCUGGUAGAGCCAAUGAUUUGGAAUUACUCCAGUGACGCUUCUUCUUUUAAAAUCCGCUUACAGCCCACCAUAUGGCAAAACUACAGUCAGGUCUUCAAAACUAUCUGGCUGGCUAGUGCAUUUAAAGGUGCUUUUGGUUCCACCUUACACUGGACGCCUACAAAAGAGCAUGUUCUGAACCAUCUACUCUGGCUUCAAGAAGUGGAUAAAGAAAUAUCAAAGAUUAAGACGAUUACCGUAAGGGGCUAUGCCCUGACUGGCUGGCAGAGGUAUGACCACUUGUCGGUGCUGUGUGAGUUACUACCUACAGGGUUGCCAUGUCUAGCACUCUGCCUACAGGUUCUAUUACAAGGUGGUUACUCCCAUGACACCUUAGAGAGAGUCUCCAAGCAGCUUGGCUUCACUGAACCCUUUCAGAUUGAACAUCCCAAAUAUGGAGACUGUCUAAACACCAGUGACUCCUUCCCAGGUAGUGACAUCUACACAGGAGUACAGGACCUCGUCCUCUUUGAGAUGUCUUCAAGAUUCAAGAACUUUGUCACUUUGAACCAGCUGCAUGGAAGCUUGAAUCCCAAUGCAAGUAUUGCUACUGAUCUUCCAAUGGAUCAUCAUUCAGUAGAGGAGAGUGCAGCUGAGGCUAAAUGUCUUGCGAGUCAAUUGGAUUUAAUCCGAAAAAGGGUACGCGUUUCCCUGACCACUGUCUACCAUGUCAUCACCGUUGAGGAGUGGCUUGAGCUUCGCAUCAAUCCCAUCCUCAGGGCGUUGAAGAUGUUCGUUGGAGGAGGGAGUAUGGAUGAGGUCAAAGAAGAAGACGAAGAGGAGAUGGAUGUAGCAACAAGGCCCAGCUGAAAAAGAAUCGAUGGGGGAACUUCUACACCAUGUGUGGCCUAGAAAUAUGAAUUCUGAACUCAAAGGCACAAAUUAUUGGUCUACCACUUGCGCAAGUACUCAUAUGGAAGUGUUUCUACACGAGUAUUAUCAGGGAUUUGUAUUCAUGGACUACUUCUUUUAAAGAUCUGCCAUUAGGGCGUUUCUCUAUUUUAAAACGGGGCUGUAUCUUGUCGUGAGGAAUAACUUUCAUGGAGUGGCUUUCUGCCUAUUUCACUCCACUGCAGGAGGAAAGCCUCUUCACCAAUUCUCCAUUUCACUCUAUCCUGCACUGUCUGUUGCCAAGCAAUGCCCCUUAUGUACUGAGAUCAUCUGGUUAACAGAAGUUAUAUUGCUCACCAAAUCUAAUUUGCAGGAAUCUUGAUUUUAGUAAAAUGAAUUGCUAUUUAGCUUGUAACCUGUUUCUGUUCUUCAAACUUUUGUCUGUGCUUAGCAAAUUUGGAUGCAAAGGUAGCUCUAUGAAAUUUAGUUCUGGUUAUGUCAUGGUGAUAUUAUGUUUUCUCAGAUUCUCAUGUAUAAGGGAUCAACAACUAUCCCUUCAAGGGAGAUUUUGGCAGUAAUUUUAUUCCAGACCCAUUGUGGGACAAAAGUAUGUCCCGAGCUAAAACGGCUCAUCAGGCCGGUGUUUAUAUCUUGUUUCCUCAGCAUCAAACGACUGAGAAUAUUGAUAUUCCCCCUGGACAGAACACCAGUCCAUCGCAGGUUACUCACCACCUUUCUCUGGUACCUAAUUGUACUCCAGGGUAGAGAGAAGCAAUUAUGAUCAAGUGUCUUGCUCAAUGACACAAGUGUCACGACUGACCAGGCCAGGAUUGGAGCCCAUAUUCUGUAAAUUACAGAACUUGAGUCCACCACCCUUGGCUGCUGGACCACGACACUCCCAACACUGUUUUCAGGGAGCAUCUCAAAACUCAGCAAGCUUGAUGCGUUGACUUGCAGUAAAUAUCCCAAGGGAAACAAUCAAUAUACCAUGUUUCAUUUCAGUGGGAUUGCACUGUCUGUCCCUUCCUCCUCCCGUGAUUCAAGCUAUAUAUGCCCUCUGGUCACAGCUUGUCGACACCUGGCAGCUAUGAACCAAGUGCAAACAUUCACAGUGGUCAUAUGUUCUUUGGAACAAGCCUAGUAACGUUCUGGGAAUGUUCCAAUAGGGCAUAUUUGAGACUCUCCCCCGAGUUCAUAGUAUUGUCUUUUCACACAAGGUACACUUUGUCAAGUUUUUCAACCUUGCUACAGUUUUGCAAGGAACCCUUGCUAAAUUGCACAUGUGUGAAAGGGGCUAUAGACUAACAUAUUUUCUAUCAUGAUUUCCAACACAGAGUGCAUUGUGUUACCUUAAAAACCAUGACAAGUUACUGCAUAACAUGACUUGUAAAACCAAAGCCAAUGUCCUUGCCUCUCACAAUGGGAAAGAGUGGGGGUGCAAUUGUUGUUUUGUGAUAAUAAUUAGAUUUGCAUAAUUUUAUGCGCAUGAAGUUCGAACAACAGUUUUAUAGUGUGCAAUGUGUGUGUAAACUAUCGUGAAAUACACCAGUUAAAACUGAAAUCACAUAAGCUUAUUUUAAAAUGAUUUAACACAAAAUAUUACCACGCAAUAUUACCCUUCUUUUUCAUGUCUUUGUUUGGGGUUGCCAGUCAUAAGCCAUAUACAACUGUUUCAUAUCUUUGUUUGGGGUUGCCAGUCAUAAGCCAUAUACAACUGUUUGGGGUUGCCAGUCAUAAGCCAUAUACAACUGUUUGGGGUUGCCAGUCAUAAGCCAUAUACAACUGUUUGGGGUUGCCAGUCAUAAGCCAUAUACAACUGUUUCAUAUCUUUGUUUGGGGUUGCCAGUCAUAAGCCAUAUACAACUGUUUCAUAUCUUUGUUUGGGGUUGCCAGUCAUAAGCCAUAUACAACUGUUUCAUAUCUUUGUUUGGGGUUGCCAGUCAUAAGCCAUAUACAACUGUUUCAUAUCUUUGUUUGGGGUUGCCAGUCAUAAGCCAUAUACAACUGUUUUAUUCGCUAUCGUGUAGCCAGGGAUCGCACCCAAGUUUUACCAAGUCAGUUUCCAUUGUUUUGUUUUUUAUUAUUUGGCAAUUUUACAAGUUACCAUUUGUUAUUGUAUCAAGGGAAACUGACUGACAAUUUUACUAGAACGGGAUCUGAACCUGCGACCUCUGGAUUAACAAGUGCUCUAUGAAAUAAAUUCAUCUGACAUUAGAGGUCACAGGUUGAAACCACGCUCUUGUAAAAUAAAUUCUUUGAUUCACGAAUAAAAAGUAUUGUUAAAGUCACAGACUUCUUGGAAUGUUCUCUUCCCAAAAGUUAAACGAACUGCUGUACUUUAAAAAUGCAAAACACGGUUUAUCAUUUUUUAAAUCAAGGAGAAAAACCAUCAGUCCAUAAAAAAAAUGUUUGCAUUUAUACCAUACCCUGUGAUUGGUAAGCAUUUUCCAACAGCUAGAAAAUAUUUUUAUUUUUGUUAAUUAGAAUUUUAGGCUUAUAGUGUAUUUGCUAUAUUGAUCUUGUAGUUGCAAAUUAUAAAAUAUAAAUGGUGAUUUAUUUUCUAAGUAAUUGUUAGGUACAUUAUUGAUUUUGACAAUAAGGGCUCUUGUUGGAUAUCUUGUUCUUUAUGUUACCUUACUAUUAAGGGGAAGGGGGUUCAGAUUUUAUAAUUAUUUUUGACUUUGUGAAAUGAUGUUGUAAUGUAUGUACCUCCAAGGUUCAAUUGUGUAGUAACAUUAUGAGCACAGAAAAGUUUUGCUCAGCAGAAAGGGGUUACCAGGACAAAAUUGGACACAAUGAGGAGUAUCAUUUUGGGCUGGUUCCCUACUAAAUUGUGGUUUGAGACAGUAUUUUCUGCUCAGCAGAGAAUUUUUAUAAUUUGUCCCUGAUGGUAAUCUUUAUAAAUUAGAUUUUUAGACUGCACUCUAAUAGAAAGGUACUUGUGUGGACGGUGGAAAUGUAUGUGGAUUUUUGCUUUUGAUGAUACUAUGGAAUUGGGAACACAGUAAGAAAUAUUUUCAAUAUUUUCAAAGUGUCUUCCAUUGCUUGACAUUCUACCUAUAUUUGUCUGAAAGGGAACACUUUAGGUUUGCGAAGCAUGUAUAGCCAAAUAUCUUUCAUUACUAACCCUGAAGAUGAGCCAAAACCAAUCAUGGAUCAUCAAAGGCACAUGUUGUACUGAAGCACUUUUUAAUUGGGGAGUUUAUUUAGCACAAAUGUAAAAUUUAGCACGCACAAACAAAACUAGAGAAACCAAACCAAUUAACCAAGAAAUAUAUUAUGGUUAACUGAAAAUGCCAUAUGUAUGUGCCUUGUCCGAAUUGGCAGCUACAGCUAUGGCUUCAGCUAGAUUUCCACAUUACCAUGUAUUGAAGUACAGAAUGUGCAUAGCAACAUCCUUAGUAACAGUUGUAGUUGUAAACAUAGCCACUGAUUCAGAGGCAGCCAUACUAUAAUAUCCUUGCACAGAUAAUGAUUCUCUCUGUGCUUGUUGUACAAAUCUGCUAAGAUCAGGGCCUAUAGUUUCUUAAAGCUUUUAGGCACAAAAACUUGCCAAGCACAGAAAAGUAUUGCUGAACAGAACAGCUUACCAGCCAAAACCACAUGUGAAGUUUACCUUGUGCCCAAUCAGGUUUUGCUUAGCAAAGAAAUUUGUCAACUUAAGCAGCUUUUUCUACUAAACAGCUUUUAUGCUUAACAGCUUUUCUGCUUAUUGUAAGCAAAGAAUCAGGGUUUAUGCAAGCAGGGACUUACAUGCCUACGUCAAGCCUAGCUAUUUCACAGGCAAGCAGGACAUUUUUGCUUGUGCACUUGGGUACUCCGCCUUACUAGUCAUUUUUCACUUUCACAGCUAUCUAGUCGGUGCUUGCAUAGUAACCAGAAAUUAGGCAAAUGGUUGUAAGCACGGAAAUUGGCUGUAUGCGGAGCCAUGAAGUUUGGCCCAGCUCUGUGUACCCAAGAAGAAUUAAGUUAAUUAUGUAAAAUGUUUAAACCUGUUUCCGACUGCACCAGGAAACUUUACGCUUACUUAAAUAAUAAUUAAGAUUCGGCUGCAUGAAUUUUAUAUGCACCCUAUAAAAGUAAUGUUUAAUUUAAAUGACACCAACCGUUGUUUGUACUUACUUGUACAUUUCCUUCACAAUGGAUAACUCUUAAAUAAAUAAAGAAGAAGACACAAAAGUU